AUGCUGGCACGAGGAGGUCGGUUGAGGAGACAUGUUGCCGCAACAGAUGAUGCUCACGCAGCUUUGAACCCCGCCGUUUGGAGACCUCUCGAGAUCAGCGCACCAAAAGCGCAGUUCCGCGAGAGCCAGAGCGGAGAGCAGCGUGCACCCGAGAACGCUUCACUCUUUUCAUCUCUUAAGAUUCUAGAACAGACGUACAGGAAGUGGCUGCAGUAUAAGGACGACUGUCUGAGGCGUCUGGAACAGGAGCCGUACCCCUCAGGCAUCAUGUGUAAUCGGACCUUUGACCUAUACGCAUGUUGGCCUGAUGGCCAGCCAGGCGCUCUUGUUAACGUCUCCUGUCCCUCAUACUUGCCCUGGAUCAACAAAGUGUAUCAGGGUGUGGUCAGGCGGCGGUGUGGGUUGGAUGGACAGUGGGCGCAAGAAGAGAAUGGUCAAAUUUGGAGAGAUAUCAGUCAGUGUGAAGAGGAAGAGGAGAUUACCACACAAGAGCUGUGGUUUAAACAGGUCUUGCUGAGUUUCAGGAUGCUGUAUACAGUUGGAUACACACUCAGUCUGAUAUCUCUAAUCUCAGCUCUCGCCAUCCUACUCAGCAUCCGGCAGCUCCGCUGUACGCGGAACUACAUCCACGCCAACCUGUUUCUGUCCUUUAUCCUGCGCGCAACAGCUGUCCUGGCUAAAGACGCCCUGUUAGAGCGACACUGGAGCAGAGAGAUUAGCAAACACAACGACCUAAAAGACAUGCUCAGUCACAGGGCAGCGAUUGGGUGUCGUGUGGCCCAGGUCCUGAUGCAUUAUUGUGUGUUGGCCAAUCAUUACUGGUUCUUUGGGGAGGCAGUGUACCUGCACUCAGUCCUCAUCACCUCAGUGUUACUGGAAAACAACAAGUACCUGCAUUACUUAUGUCUGGGAUGGGGCACCCCUCUGGUCUUUGUAAUACCAUGGAUACUGGCCAAGCUACUGAAGGAAAACAAAGAGUGCUGGGCCCUUAAUGAGAAUAUGAUGUACUGGUGGAUCAUCAGACUUCCCAUUUUAUUUGCUUCACUGAUCAACUUGUUGAUUUUCAUGAAGAUUUUGAGAGUGAUUUUUUCUAAACUUCGCGCCAAUAACCAGAAUGGCUAUCCUGAUUACAAACUCAGACUGGCGAAGGCGACAUUGACUCUAAUUCCACUGUUCGGCGUUCAUGAAGUUAUUUUCAUCUUCGUGACAGACGAGCAGACGACUGGAAUGUUACGCUAUGUCAGAGUCUUCAUCACACUCUUCCUAAAUUCCUUUCAGGGCUUCCUCGUGGCUGUGCUUUACUGCUACUCCAACAAAGAGGUGAAGACUGAGCUACAGAGGCGGCUGAGAGGGUGGAGAAGAGGCGUGGCCAAGUGCUAUGGACAGUAG